AUGCCGAAGACACUUGAAAGCCUAGCGCCGCCAUGCUACCCUUUAGAAGCGCCCGCAUUGGAUGAUCUACAAUUGCGAUACUCGUACGAAAUCGCACGAGGAGAAAUGGGCGUCUUGUCAUUUGAACCAUACAAGAGUCUUAUCUUGCCUUAUUGGGUUUUUCGCACUGUUCCACUGGCGCAGAAAUCAGCAGAAAUCUUGUGGUCCAUCUUCGAAUCGUAUGUGGAACGUGGUGAUUUGGUGGGGGCGGACAUGAGUCGCAAGUUCAUCCAAAUGGGCAUGACGCGCGCCCGCCGAUACGCCAACCAUAAAGGCGGUCGCAAAUAUGGUGCUGAGGGAGAACAGUUGGAGAAAUGGACCGGAGACGAUGUCGAGGGGAAGCGGAAGGAGAAAGAAGAGGCGAGCGAAAUCUUCAAGAGCUAUUGGAGGCGGUGUAUCGCUUCGGAGGAAUAUAUUCGAUUGAAGAAGGAGUGGUCCACGGCCAAGCAACAAUACCUCAAGGAUAAAGGAGGCUAG